AUGUCGAGCACACAGCAAGCCACUAAGAUGUGCCUGGAUGCGCGCGCCGCGGAGCUCAAGGAGAAGCUUCUGCGGAGCCGCAGCCAGAACCGAGCCAGCCAGGCAUCUCCCGCGCCGUCUAGCAUAGCACAGGCCAGCUCGAAGCCAGCCUCGCUCACCCCAUCGAGAACCUCGAGCACGAACUCGCUGGUCAGCUCUACCUCGGAGCGAACUGAUGCUCGUCAGAUGUCUGCCCAGCCCUCAUUUCAGGCCGAUGCUAACGACAUCGCUGCUUUGAUCUCGUCCAUCUCCUCGGCGUCUCGUGAAGAGGAUGUAGAUGGCUUGAGCAUUGACAUUGGCAAACACAGUGCCUUACAAAAUACACACACUCAGAAGUCGUCGUCUGCUAACGGACAGCCUUCCUUGCCAUCAACUCCUGCCAAGUUAAGCUUCUCAAUACCACCUAAACCUUCUGUUCUUGCCAAGGAUAGGAAAAUCCAGCAAUCCCUACGACAGGCAGAACUUGAGAGUACACCCUAUACGGGACAGGCUAUUGCGAACUGUAGUUCGGAUUUAGCUGCACUCCAGAAAAAUAGUAGAAUGCUAUCGAACUCGGAUAACAGCGGCGGGCAUGCCUCAAAGAAUAGCGACUCCGCCGUGACUGUCUACAAGACUGAAGAAGAAACUGCCUGCGCGGCCAUGUUAGGCGGCCGCUGGGAGUCUCCCCAGGAAGAUCCCCACAUAACCCAUGCAAAUAUAACUGACAUCGAUACAAUCAAGGUUUCAGCCAUAGCGGCAGCUGUCAGCGACAUAGAAAGUGGCGCCGAAUCUGCCAACAAUUCAACAGGAAUCGCAAACUACAGUAACCUUAUACAAUCUGCUCGCAGUGCCACUAUUAUAGCGCAAGAGACUGGGCAUCUACAGCCCGACAGUGCCUUCACCCAGCUGCUGGCUAUUAAUCCCGAUGUUAAAGAUUGGCUUGAACUCACCGGUUAUUAUGAUAUCGAUAUGCGCAGGCGUAAGCUAGAACGGUUUAGGAAAAUCAAGACUUUGGCCGCCGAAAAGAUGAGGAUCGAGGAAGAAGAGCGCAGGCUGCUGCAGGAAGAAGAGCUCGAGAUGACGGCCCAUCGUCCCACUGUUACUAGAAUUGUCAGCACUGUCCAUGGCGUUCCCGGACUGAGUACGGAAAACCCCGUUGCUGGCUUUCCAACCCCAAUUACGCCCGGUGUGCCAGCCGAGCCAAAGGAGACUCUUGCAAUGCCCCCUCCCUCAUUCACCCCUGCCAAAAGAGCGCUCGAAGACCGUAGGGAGGAGACCCGCAAGGAUAAAGUAGCCCGUGUUGCCAAUGACACCACUCCCUCGGAGAGCACUACUAUCGUCCACGAGAACAAGGACAACGAAGUUUCUGACCGUCGCCGGGACUCCCAUUCUAUGAAAGUUGAACCACGGGACUCAUCGCCGCAUCGUCGGCCACGUUCUGUGACCCCUCAUCGCGAUUACUACCGCAGUGGUUCUUCACGAGCGCGCGAGUCUUCGCGGCCCCGAGCACAUUCGCGUGCCCGAGACUACUCUCCUCGCCGUUCAGCCCGUCAAAGCUCCCGCUAUCGUACAGAGCAUGGCGACUAUGACCGCAGCCGCGAUCACCCGCGGCGAUAUGACCGCUACGACCCCAGCUAUCAACAGGUGCAGACAUAUCCGAUCCGCGUAGACCUUGGUCGCAAGGGUGAUACCCGUUUCUUUAUUGUGAAGUCUUUCAACGAGGAGAAUGUCCGGAGAUGCAUGGAAGAUGGUAUCUGGACUACACAAGUUCAGAAUGGCGAGAUCUUGUCGGACGCCUUUUCUAAGUGCAAAAACGUGAUCUUGUUCUUCUCCAUUAACAAAAGCCGGGCAUUCCAGGGAUAUGCCCGCAUGGCAUCGGCGCCGUCGCCAGAUACGCCCCGUCCGAAGUGGAUGAGCGGCCUGCACUGGGAUUCAACCCAUCCGUUCCGGGUACAGUGGCUGAGCAAGACGCCCGUGGAGUUCUGGCGCAUCGGGAAUAUCAAGAAUCCAUACAACGAAAACCUACCUGUCUUGGUCGGCAAGGACGGCCAGGAACUUGAGGAGGAAUGCGGUAGAAGCCUGCUCCGUGAAAUGGAAGCCGUGGCAUCACAGAGGUUGGUACAGCAACAGCAGCAGCAGCCGACGGCACAUUAA